AUGGCCAGCACGCUUUUCAAGAUCGUGGAUACCGGUUCCAAUGCCGUCAUUUACGAUACCGUCAACCACCUGCAAGUGCUCACAAGCACGGAUGCAUCCAGCUCCACGGCCGGUGGAGCCCUCACCGUGAGCGGUGGUCUUGCCGUCGCAAAGAGUGCCUAUGUCGGCACCAGCAUGAGCGUCGGCGGGGACCUUACCGUCACAGGCAAUAUCUCGGGUACGAUCACCGGCUCACUGUCCUCGUCGAGUGCCAUCAGCACCACCAACACCACAGAUGCCACAUCGACCUCGACUGGAUCCAUCACGGCCUCUGGAGGACUUGGUGUCGGCAAGAGUGUCUAUGUGGGCAAGCAGCUCCAGAUUGCCCCAUCGACGGUAACAGCUGCCCCACCAAGUGCAACCGCUGGUCGAGUCUUUGGCAUCGCGGCAUCGACAUUCACCGAUAGCUCCACGGCAGCAUCCGGGACCAACACGGCCUUCUACGACACCUAUAUCGGUCAGACCACCCUCUCUGCCACAAACACUGGCGUUACGACGACCACGGCUGCCACGGUGUAUAUUGCUGGUGCCCCGAUCGCCGGCAGCAACGAGACACUCACCCGUGCCUAUGCACUCUCGAUCGGCGCCGGAGCCAUCAACUCUGGUGAUACGACCAACUCGACCUCUGCCUCGACGGGAUCGAUUGUGGUUAGCGGAGGAAUCGGAGUCGGCAGCACCCAGAAUUCAAGCGGUACGACCAACGGGGGCGCCCUUACCGUCGCAGGCGGUGCAGCGUUCGCCAAGGAUGUCUACUGUGGCGGGACCCUCUCGACAAGCUCGGAUGCCCGACUCAAGAAGCUCGGUCCGGAGCUGGAGCCCUUUGAUACACUGGACGCCUUGAACACCAUCCGGUGCCUGCGAUUCCAGUGGAACCGUGAUUUCGAGGAGGUGAGUGACCCGGAGUGGAACAUUGGUCUGGUUGCGCAGGAUGUGCAGGCGACCUUCCCGGAGCUGGUCAAGAUCGGGUCGGAUGGAUUCCUGUCGGUCAACUAUUCGAGUGCGGUUGCGGUGGCCCUGGCAUCCAUCAAGGCCCUCAACACCAAAGUCCAGAGCCUCGAGUCCAAGCUGGCAUCGGUUUGAGGCAAAAUGGGAUGGGUCGGGCGAGAUUGACAUGGCCCGAGGGCGGGAAGAGCACACCCUCCAGGAGUGGUUGCUGGCGGAUAUUGGCGGGUUGGGUUUUGGCGGGCUGGGUUUUGGCGGGCUGGGUUUUGGCGGGCUGGGUUUUGGCGGGAAUCCUGGCCCAUAAAUUCGGCUCGUUCUUAGGAUGCUGUUUGCUCCCCAGGCAGUUGGGCAGCAGCAAAUCUCAAGACCAUAACGUAAGUGCAUUUCCUUCCGUGAUGAUACCGCAUGCAUGUGCGUGUGUCAUGCUGUGCGAUGGCUAACAUGACUCGGCACCUCCAG